AUGGGCGAAGCAGCAGUACCGCCUGAGCUAGACACCGUUCCAGCAGCAAAGAUGGCUCAGACAAACCCUCUGCCUGUCCCCAUGGGCCCAUGGAAGAGCAUUCGGAGCAGAGGCCGGGAGAACCGCCAGCCACAGCCCUGCCACCAGCCCGUCCCAGAACGGCUCCGCUCCUCUCUCCGGACGGCAGAGCUGCCCCGGGAACUGAUCUCUGCAGGGAUCACCGUGUACGACCAAGAAAACUUCCAGGGCAAGAGGAUGGAAUUCACUUCUGCCUGUCCAAACAUCAUGGAGUGCGGCUUCGACAACAUCCGCUCCCUGAAGGUGGAGUGCGGCGCCUGGGUCGGUUACGAGCACACCGGCUUCUGCGGGCAGCAGUUCAUCCUGGAGAGGGGAGAGUACCCACGCUGGGACGCCUGGAGCGGCAGCAACGCCUACCACAUCGAGCGCCUGAUGUCCUUCCGCCCCGUCUGCUCCGCUAAUCACAAGGAAUCCAAGAUCACCGUUUUCGAGAAAGACAACUUCAUCGGCCGCCAGUGGGAGAUAGGCGAUGACUACCCCUCGCUGCAGGCCAUGGGCUGGGCCAACAACGAAGUGGGCUCCAUGAAGAUCCAGUGCGGCGCCUGGGUUUGCUACCAGUAUCCCGGGUACCGCGGCUACCAGUACGUCCUGGAGUCCGACCACCAUGGAGGAGACUACAAGCACUGGAGAGAGUGGGGUUCACACGCCCAGACCUCCCAGAUCCAAUCCAUCAGGCGUGUCCAGCAGUAGCUCCCCACUUCCCAGUACAUCUCUGCAAGGUUUCUAAAGCUGACCGGCUCCCUUUUGGUGCUAAUACUCCCCUCCCGAAAUAACCACCCCUUCUUGUACUGCACCCGCUUACGGAACGACACUCCCAAAUGGUACCAACUGCACAACUGCCAAUAAAUGUGACUGAAA